AUGCCCAAACUGGAACAAUUCGAAAUCAAAAAGUACUGGCAAAUUUUUUCUGGUUUGAAGCCUGUUGACAACAAAUUAACCCAUGAUCAUGUUCAACCUAUAUUGUUCAAUUCGAAGCUUGAUUCAUCCAUUUUGAACAAAAUAUGGUUCUUGGCAGACAUUGACGAUGAUGAUAAUCUCGAUUUCGAAGAAUUCGUGAUUUGCAUGCGGCUCAUCUUCGAUAUGGUCAACAAAAAUAUCGAUCGCGUUCCCGACGAUCUUCCGGACUGGCUAGUUCCAGGCAGUAAGAUAAAGCUGUUGAAACAGCGUAAAACCCGGGACGAACCCCAGGAAAAUACGCAAAGCUCGAAUGCUGUAGAGACGCACGAAACCGCACCAGUGGUUCAAACGCAGAGACCACCUUCACCUCCGCCAAAGUUGGAUUGGUACAUUGCCCCAUCUAACAAAGCGCUGUAUACUUCGAUUUACGACUCCUGCGAGAAGCUCACAGAUGGUACAAUAUCGUAUGCCCCUCUACUCAGUGCGGUAAGGACGAACUUCCCCAAAAUCAGCUCUGCUGAUUUUGAUCAUCUGUGGGUUUUGGUGAAUCCUCAAAAUAUAGGGUCCAUCAACAAGGAUCCCGCUGUUUUCCUGAUACAUGCCCUGAAGCAGAGAAACGAUUCGGGCUGUGAGCUGCCCGCAGAUUUGCCGCACGCUUUCAAAGAGAUUUGCAACCAGCAGAGAGUCUCUUACGACUUAAAGUCUCAUCAGGCCGAUAUUACACGCCAUUCUCGUCAUACGAACACAAGCAACUCCGUCACUCCGCAAGACUCGGGUUCUGGUCGUUCUGCUUCUAGAACGCAAGUAGACAUUUCCAAUAAAAGUGGCUUUGAUGCUAACGAAGCUAAAGCUAUUGAGGGUUCGAAUCCCGAGAUUGCUAGGGCUCAAUUAGAAGAACUAUACGCGUAUUUGCAAAGGCAAGCAUCAGGUUUCCGGAAUUCCAAUUCAUCGGUCGAUGUAAGAGGUAUUAAUGAGGACAUAGGGACGAUAGAGCAACAAGUGGGCAUCUUGGAACAAUUCUUGGCAGGUAAAAAGCAGGAACUACAAGAACUUCAAUCGGAGAAUCAGUCACUGCGCGCUUGA